AAGUGCUGACGUGCCCAGCCCUUCACAAGCGCGGAGUGGUAGCAGCAGCAGCUUCUUCGGCAUGUCCAUCUUUGGCAACUCGGACAGGUUCAUAGCAGAUGCAGCGCGGUCCCCUGGUCCCAUCUAUCACAGCACGGUCGAGUCCUUGGAGCACUCGCCCAAGAAGGGCGCGAUAGCCCUCCGACAAGACCACGCGCAGCCCCAGCCAGAUGUGACCGUCAGCCACGGCCAUCGAGACAGCUGGAUCAAGGGGCAAUUCUCGCCAAGCAUAUCGAUCCACGACUCAGGGGUUAACCUAUCCCCAAGCCAUUACGACACGGACGUGUCCAUCAUCAAGUCUCGGUUUCCGAGCCUCAGUUUUCCAAAGUCCGAGCGGUUUCUAUCGCAGAAAGUGUGUAUGACAGACAAGCACCACCAGCGCGAACUCAUCGCGACCGACAGCCCCGGCCCAAAGUACAACAUUGAAGUGCGGCAAUACAAGAAUCAAGCCCCCAAGUAUACGUUUCAAAAAGGCCAAGUGCAGUGCUUGAAAGCGGGCUCGCCCGUGAAAAGCCAUCGAGAGUCGUGGUUAUCUGUGAUAAAUCGAAAAGGGGUGCUGCUUAGCCCCCCCGCGCACGUGUCACAAGGCGACGAGCUCUCAGGCCUGGUUCCGUCGAUGCUGUCGUCUGAAAACCAGUCCAGCGAAUCUGGCAUGCGACCAACGUCCACGUCCAAAUUCGGCACCGCGCCGCGCUUUGGACUCCGUGAAAUUCCCCGAAAAGACCAGAGUACCGUGGGCAUGCAGCGAGUACAGUACAUUUCCGCGCGACACGCUCGUGAAAACAUGGGCGAAUUCUCCCCCGGUCCAAUUUAUACACCUUAUAAGCCCCCGCGGCCGGGAGGGCGACUCGCCCCAGCCACCAAGUUGACCUCACCGUCCAAACACGACGAGAUUCGAGCGCCAGACACAAACCUGAGCAGUCGAAGUUGCUGGCUAUCGGGCAACAUUCGAAAGAACUCUGGGCGAGAAAUCAUGCUCAUGAAGACGGGCGAUAUGGCGCCGGGUCCGGGGGCGUAUUCGCACUCGUCGUCUGCGUUUGCAAGCGCAAACUUUUCACACAACGUCAAAGUCAAGCGAAAGGAAUUACAAGCACACGUACCCCCCCAUCCUUCUUGUCACGUUUGAACCAAUAUGGAAUGUGGAUGGGGCUAGGCACCGCCAAGGGGAGUCGGCGGUGUCAAUGGAAGGAACCCGCGCAGUCGAGCCGUGCCCAAGGAACCCAUCGCGCAAGAUGUUCAACUGGAACCUCCCAUGAGCCCCCACGUGGACGAAAUUCCUCCUCCGUCGACGGCGAUGUGAUGACCGUAGUAUGAAUCACUUUAAUAUAUGCAAGUUCAACGGAUGGCAA